AAUCUCAUAAAAACUCAUAUAAACCUGGUUGAUUCUAUAAUCUACAUUUUGUAGGUUGUUUCUUCACCUCAAGUCGUUCAUUGGGGGUUCUCUCAGGUAACUUUAUCUCUGAGAAGGUAGACAAAGAAAAUGGAGGGGUGGGGUUAAAUCGCCCCUUUCACUUACUUUUAAAGUGUUUGCUAUAACAAACAAGGUAAAUUUCGAGAUUACCAGUGUUCAUAGUAACACAUCAUUGAAACUAAACGCUUUGACUUACUUUCAACAGCGAGCUACAUCUUCUGUGAAACAGCUUUACUUCCCGCCCGUUUGUACUUGAGUAUGUAAAGAGCACCACCCCUUUAGGUUGGGUGUGGAGCGUUUGGGUUAUUCUCAUUUACCUCAGGACAGGAGAGGAAAGUGAAGCGGUCGCGUGAGACUCGAGUACGUUUAUCAUACAGUGAAACGCACGCGGGUCAUAGCUUUCGGCGUCAAACACUAAUUGACUGCAGAGCUCCGUUGGUCAUCUGAGGUACUCGCUCAAUGGGACUUCCUAAAAGGUUACACGCUCUGUCUGGGUAAAUCCUAUAUCUUUCGCUUUAACCAUCCCGAGGAGGCCAACCGUAUGAAAAGCAUGCUGCCUCAGAAGAGUCCUGUCUCUCCACUGGUCUACAGCACAGAUUAUCUGAAGUUCAGCAGUGACUUCAGUCAUUGUCUAGGUGGCUCUGGCUCUAGAGGGAUGCGCUCCGUCUCUGAACUGCGGGAUUUGAUGGACACUUUACAAAAAAAGAAGCAGGCAUUAGAAAACAGCUUGCGAGCCAAUGGGGACUCAAGCCCCUCCUACUUUAGCAUGACGCAGUCUCCUCCCACCACACCCUCCCCAAUAUCCUAUCAAGAACAAACCCGCCGAUUGUACAGCUCCGAAAGGCCACCACUUGCUGCCAAAGUACCAGCACAUUCAUCCAGCAGCAUGCCUCCAUCUCCUCGCCGUUCCGACCCCCGAGAGCGCGACACACCACUUCCUUAUUCCCGACCCAUGACCCGGAACCAAUCUCAGGAUAGUCUGCUCCUCAAUACAUCAGACAGUCGCCGUGCCUGGACCUCAGGCUCAGCACUCUCAAUGUGGAAUGGCUCAUCCACUGUUGCGACCGAUUCCCUCCCACCAACACCAGUAGGCGGUAGUGGUGCAGCCAGCAUGCCUUCUAGUCCUCGUCUGUCUCGUAGAUUCCAGACUCCAGAUGCAGGCCGCAAUGGAGGACUCGAACCCGCUCCACGGCAACGAAAGUACUCCGCUGGGUCACUUACUGGAAUGAGUUCACACUGUCACUCCCUACCACGCCUCUAUCGACCUGCUGACACUCAGCUUACCCUCCUGCCAAGUUAUCGGUCUCCUGACAGGCAGCUUUCUCGUCCAACUGGUGCCACCCCUCCAGAUGUCACCAUGACAUCGGGAGAAGCCACCAGCCCCCGCCAAGCCAAGAAGGUGAGUUUGACAUCCACCAGCUGCUACUCGGAAUUGGACAGGCAAGCCAUGCGUGGUCCCUCACCAGCUCUAGAGAUUGGUCUCGGGGAGAGAAGGCAGUCAUUUGGAAAGGCAGGCCUGGGUCCGCCGAGUGGCUUCAGGGAGAGAAAGGGCAGCAUCAGCUCUCUCAGUGGAAAGGAAGAGCUUCAAGACUACCAUCAGAGACAGAGGGAUGAAAGACUGCGGGAACAGGAAGAAAAAAUACUGGAACGUCAGCGUCUGGAGACUAUCCUUAAUCUGUGCUCUGGGCUGGGCCGUGCAGAGCAGGACAAAACUGGCUUGGCCGUUGCAGACUUGCAGAAGAUCAACAAGGAGCUGGAGAAAUUACAGGUGUCAGAUGAUGAGUCUACAUUCUCAGACUCUGCAAGUCUGUCAGCCAGCAUUUCUGCUGAAAAUGACUAUGGGCUUAAAGCCCAGGAGACCCAAGCCAGCAAGGAGAGACAGGUACGGCAGCGCAAGAAUAGUGGACACAGAGAAGCCAGGGUGGAGACAGCUGUCCUUGGCUCCGCUCCCACCCCUUCUCCUCCUCACACACAUACAAAAAAUAAAAUUGAGGAUGACACACAGCUGAAGCUGGACGUGAGACGUAUAGAGGAGGAGAGGAUCCAGGUCCUGAACAAUAUGGAAGAAUUAGAGCUGAAGAUCAAAGACCUUGACAACCAGAUGGAGGAGUCCAUCAGAGAGUUGGAAGUGGAGCGCGCUCUGUUGGAAGGUGAGCAGGAUUCGGAGAUGGCUCAGCUACAGCAGGAGAAAGACGCUCUGGAGCAACUGAAAGAGAAGAUGGCUGACACUGAGAACAAAGCACAGAUGGAAAAAUCUCAGGAAAAAGCCAAGCUAGAUGCGGAGCGUGUAAAGUUAGAGCGACUGGCGCAUCUGCUUGCAGAGCAGAAGACUCAGUUGGACACCUGCCCUGAAGCCUUGAAAGAGCAACUUCAGCUGCAGCUCUGCAGGGAUGCAGAGACACUAGAGGUGGAGACCAAGCGGUUCGAAGACCUAGAGUUUCAACAGCUGGAACGAGAGAGUCGUCAGGAUGAGGAGAAAGAGACUCAGACACAACAUAUUCUCAGGGAGAUCGCAGAAUACCAGAGAAGCACCGUCACACGGAAGGAGAGGCUCCUGGCCCUGAAGAAACAGCACACCCAGAUUUCCCAGCAGGCUCAGAGGGACAAAAACAACUUUGUGAAGGAAAAGAACAAUCUUCAGAUGAUGCUACAGCGGGAAAAAGAGAAUCUCGCCAACUUGGAGAAGAAAUAUUCUGAGCUCACUGGGGCAUUGGGUUUCCCUGUCAGUCCCAUCAGUAUGAAGGGGCAUUUCCGCACCCUAGAAGAAAGGAAGCGGUACGGUAAGGAAGGCGGAGCUCAUCUGAGCGACACUCUUCCUCGGAAGAAGACCCUGCCCACCAUAACCCCACAGUUCACCUGUGCCACCCUGGGCCGUAACAUACCUUCUAAAUCCCAUCCACCUUUAGCUCAAAGCUCCAGCUGUGGGAGUGUGUUGAACCGAGCCCUUGCCAUCUCCCCUAAAGAGACACACAUGGAUACACACCGCCUGCUCAAAGGGCACAGUCAGCAGCACAUUGGCGAGGAGCACCGAACGAGGUUAAGUGAUCUCGGUGGCCGCUCAUCCUCACAAACCAACGUCUACCUAGACUCUUUUGGUUACCAAGAUAACGGCCGUGCCUUUGAUACACUGAGUGUGGACAGCUCAGACAGCAUGGAAACCAGCAUUUCUGCCUGUUCGCCCGACAACUUCUCCAGCGCCAGCACCUCCAAUGUUUCCAAGAUGGAGGAGAUGGAACGUCUUCUCCGGGAGGCUCAGGCAGAGAAGCACCAGCUCCUGGAACACAGGGAAAGAGAGAUGGAGAAUAAGAGCAGGGCUCUUGAAGAGGAGAGGAGACGGCGAGAAGAGCUAGAAAAACGGUUGCAGGAAGAAACCAGCAGGAGGCAGAAACUCAUCGAGAGAGAGGUGAAACUUCGUGAGAAACAGAGAGCACAGUCUCGUCCCCUCACACGCUACCUACCUGUAAGAAAGGACGACUUCGACCUUCGUGGCCACAUCGACUCAGCCGGCCACAACACAGAGACUUGUUACCACGUCUCCAUAACAGAGAAAACCUGCAGGGGCUUCCUCGUCAAAAUGGGCGGCAAAAUCAGAACCUGGAAGAAGCGCUGGUUUGUCUUCGACCGUAACCGCAGGACACUGAGCUACUAUGCAGAUAAACAUGAGGCCAAACUGAAAGGAGUGAUUUAUUUCCAGGCCAUAGAGGAAGUAUAUUACGACCACUUAAAGAGCGCCCACAAGAGUCCAAACCCUUCACUCACCUUCAGUGUAAAGACUCAUGACCGCGUAUACUACAUGGUGGCGCCCUCUCCAGAAGCUAUGAGAAUAUGGAUGGACGUUAUCGUAACGGGGGCAGAGGGCUACACUCAGUUCAUGAUUUAGAUGUUCUCUGCCAGCAGAGAAGGAAUAAUAUGUGCAGUGUGUGGAAUUAAAAACCACCGGACUUGAUCUGCCGUCUUUCACAUGCUGGUUUCAGUAUUGAUUCCCCCAAACGCUGGACUGCUCUUAUUAUUUUUGCGUUUGUAUCUGUUUUUCGAUUUGAAUCCACAGUAUUGAAACUAUAUGUAUAUGCAACAUGAACUUUUACUUGUUGGCCCAGAUGAUGGAAUGGAGCACAUACCCUAUAACUUUAUGUAAAUGUUUGUGCAUAUGUCUUUUGGAAUUUCGUCUGUCUGAUUGUGUGAAGAGAAAAAGACUUGUUAAAUGAUAUUCAGUGCCAAUGGUGCCACUUUGUGUGUGGUCUGUUUGCUACCUUGUGUACAGGGCCUCAGGGACACACACAUUAUAAUAUAAACAGCUGUCAGCUGUUCUGCCAAAGAUGAAAUGCACACUGACCACACGCUAUAGAGUUUAUGUAUAGAUGCGUGUGUUGGUGUUUACCAGUGCCUUCAGUUCUAUAUUAUACUGAUGCCUUUAUACUCAACAUUCAGAUUAAUCAAAGGUGCCAUAAGACACGCAUUUGUGUCUAUUUUAACACUACAGUUAUUUCGAAACACUUCCGAAACACCUAAAGCUGCUUGCCAUUCAGGUAUUACACAGAUUCUAAAGGACAGAGCAUCCUGUUUUGUAUUAUACUACACAAAGACAAGGUUUUUUGUAUGUUUUAUAAUACUUGAUCAUUUUAUCAUAAUGCAUAUGUAGCAUUUGAUUUUUUUAUGAACCGUAUUUAAUGCUGUUGGCCCUUUUUAGGCUAUCAUGACUUGUAUAUGUUUUGACGUCAUCAGAAAACAAGAUGAAAAAAAUUAUCCUUAUAAUUAAGCUUCAGGUUAAGCCAGUACUACAACACAACGUGUCCUUAAUUUCCGGUUUGUGUUUAUACAAUUUUGUGUUAGUACGAUUUUAUUAGUACAAGUCCAAUCAGACUGAAUUUCAAGUGUAAUUUCAUUAUCACCAGCAGGGGGCGACAGCCACCAGAGACAUUUACACGUGCUGAACAAGUUAGCCUUAUAAGCUUUCAUCUGUGAAUUAGCCAGUAGUUUGUUUUAAAUAUUGUUAAUACUCAUUUGAGAUGUAUAUUUAUACUUUUGUUUACCAUGCAUGCACCUUUAUUGUUGCAUACCACAAAAUAAAGCAGAUGUAUUAUAUUGUCUGUGA